GGUGAACGGGGCACGCGCUUUAACAUUUAAAGAUAUUAAAACAGUUAACAAGAAAGGUGAAGAAAUACGAAGAUGAACAGCUCCUCGCGGCCGCAGUAGGGACUUCAGAUCAAACCCACAGCGCGCGCGCGCAGGAUCUGUCACCCCGAAGCCCUGAAGGAGACGUCCAAAAACCCGGGACUUUCGCCGCGGACCCUCGCUGCCUCCGGCGCGCGCUCAUGGAGAGCGGAGCCCCACUUUUCUCAACCGGAGGCAGGUUGAUCAGAUGCCAUUCACCACAGCGGCGCCUGUAGAUGUUCCCCAUCCAGGAAUAAAACGCUCGACCGAUGGCUCCCAAACAUGCGCUGCGCUCCGAGAACCCCUGCGGUGGCCACGGGGUCGCAGGGUGGCGUGAGAAGCGUGAAGCAGACCAGCGCGCUUCUUCUCUGACUGCGUGGAUGCGGGAAGCGAGGAGCGGGAGCAGGACGCGGGCGCUGGAUGGGAUGCCGGCCCGGUGGUUUGUGACCAUCGGCGCGGUGCUGAUGCUGAUGAUGCAGAGCGCCUCAGCAGCUGAAGCUGAAGGAGGCCUUUAUGAGUCACUGCGGGGGGCUGACAUCCCUCAGGAGCCUGGAGCACCGUCCAGUCCCACCUCGAUUCCUGGGACUGAAGACAGAGAAGAAUCGGGUUCCGAUGCCUCACUUGGACCGUGGUCUGAGGUGUUUGCCAAGGCGGGGACAGCCGUAUGGACGAAAACAGAGGCAGUUCGCACGGGGGAAAAGGACAAAGCUUUUGCUGAGAUGGGGGUUGUGACAGGAACUGGCGCUUGGGCAGAAGCGGGCUGGAGGUCUGUGGAAACAAAAGAGAGUGACCGGCCCAGUAGAGACCCGGCUGAGUGGUCUGGACCGGAACAUCUGCAGUUAGGUGGAGAAAUCCAAAGAGAGCAAGCGGCUUUCUCCUCAGUCCUCACGGUUGUGUCAGAAACAGCAGAGCUGCAGGCGCCAGCUGCAGCAAAGCCUUUGGGGUUACUGUCUAAAGCUGCUUGGACCAAAAGCUUGUCUUCAGUGGCAUCUAAGGCCUCAUCACCAUCUCCAGCUAAAGCGCUCGCUUUGACCUCCUCCACUUCGCCCUCGUCCUCCUCUUCCCCAGCUUUUGUGAACGGGAGUCAGACGGAAGCAUCUGUCAAUGUUUCUGUGGUUGCUGAGAACAUCUCCGCCAGCAACAUCAGCUUAGAGGAGUCGCUGAGUAGCCUGCCGGCCUGGGAUCUUCCCACUGUCCCCGAAUCCCUCCUGUCCACAGUUGGAGACCAUGACGUUACACUUCCCGCCAAUGUUACCAGUCCUUUCUCCACCUACCAGUGGAAUACCACCAUGCCUGUGCGCACCAGAAACACCUCAAGGCUCACGACAACAGCAGCCACCACCACCACAGCAUUGCCGACCACCAGCACCCCAACCGUACUGAUUUCUACCACAACAGGAGCACCACCAGAGUCUACCCCUCCUGUUCUGAUCACUAUCCAGGACACUGUGACCAAUGACAGCUUUCAGCUGACAACUGUAACCACGACAACACCAUCAGCAACUACUUUUAAUGUCAGCAGUACCGAGAUGACGACGCCUGUGGCGACGACCGGGACUGUUGUGACAGUAUCGACUAACACCACACCUCCAUCUGCUCCAACCACACAGGAAAACCUCAUUGUCAUCACCACAACUACAGCUCAGCCUACGACCACCUCUACAACCACCACACCUGCCCCAACCACCACCGUGCCCCCAACCACCACCACCACUACUACCACCACCACUACUACCACUUCAGCUCCCACUACCACCACCACCAUCACUACCACCACUGCUGCACCUUCAACCACCACAACCGUUCCCAGCACCACGACAAAGACACCAAACACAACCAUCUUUAUUCCCGUUCAAACAGCACCGCCUCCAACCAUCCAAACCCCCUCUUCCACCAGCACAGAGGAAGUUCCUCUGCCCUGCAAUGUGACUGAGAAGUUCUGGGUCAGAACAGUUUUGUCUAUUGAGCUGCGCAGAAACCGCCUGGACCUGAUCUUGAAACAGAACCUCUCUAAAGGAUUGAGCCAUGCCUUGCAGAGAGCCCUGAACGAUUCCUCUGCGAUCGCACAGGUGGAGCAAGACGACUGCAGCCCUCACAACGUGACUCUGGGUUACUACGUGACCAGUGGAAAGACUGUCUUUGUUUCCUCUCUUGUUGUCCAAGCCAUGAAUGCUUACGGGUUUGACAAGCUUCUGUCCGACAUCAGGCAGCACACCCCGCUGGUCAAGGCGGUUCUGGUCCCCGUGGCAGCCUGGCUGCCUGUUCCAAGCAUCCACCUGCAGCUGAAAACAGUGCUGAGGUUUGUUGGUCCGACAGACAACAUCUACUCCUGCAGUUUUGUGCAGAUGUUGGAGCAGCGACUGGGGAACGCCUUCGAUGAAGCGCAGGACAAAGUGUUGGAGACUUACAACAGACUAAGUGUGGAGAUCCAGAGUGUGUCCCAGGAGCCGGGCUCACCCUCAGUCACUUUGGUGUACUUGGUGAAGAACGAGGACACCAUUCUCAACGGCACCAUCUCCAGUGGACUUCUCAACCAGCUGACGGCAGAGCUGGUGGGGUACUUUCUAUUCUACCCACCGCUGGUCAUCGCUGAGCCACUAGAAUACCACAAUCUGAACACCUCCACAGCAACCAGGAACUACUGGGUGAUAACAGUGAUCCAGGAUGUGGACAGCUCCUCCCUGGAGGCUAACUACCAGAGCUUUGCCAGUCUCAUGGAGCAGAGGCUGGCUGAGCUGUUCCUGGUGGCCGGCAGGCAGGGCUCUCGCGCCGCAAGAUCCCGCCGGGCCACCACUGUGGGCGGCUACACCGUACAGAUGGUGAGCAUGCGGCGGCUCCCGGGGCCCAAGAACCCAGCAGAGAUGACCUACUACACCCAGCUGAACGGGGAACCCAUCAGUGGAACCAAUGCUGCAAAGACCCUCAGCAGUCUGGACUCCCAGACGAUGGCGCUGACGCUGGGAUACUUUGUCCAAGUGCAGGCUGAACCUGUUGUGAAAACCCCUCCCAGCAAUCUGUGGAUCAUGGCUGUUCUGGUGCCCGUCUUCUUGUUAAUGGUGGUGAUUGUAAUGGUGGCCUUCAUCUUAUGUAAGAGGAACCGAGUCAUGUUUAAAACCGGCGCCUUCAGGACCUUUAAAACGCGUUCCAAGACUUCAUAUCGAAGGGAGGGCAGUUACCACCACCAGCCUGUCCAGGGCUUCGACUAUGCAAAGAAGCACCUGGGUCGGGUUGGAGACGAGGCCGUUUCUGUGACCAAGGAGACUCUGGUGUUGGGGCUGCCUGUGCGGGAUGCUCCUCUGACCCUGUCGCUGGAUAAGAAGGUCCACCUGGAUGGGACAGGAAGCAAGAGACCCCCAUCAGCUGAUAUACACAAAGGAGGACGGUUGUCGAGUGAAGAUGGCUCGGUUUCGAGUAACGGCUCCGGGAAGCUGAACAACAGCAAAAGCUCCUCAGUCAGGAGGACUACAACCAACAGCAGCAAAAGUGGCAAGGAGGAGCUGCACAAGAGGAGCACCAUUGAUCCAUAUGAAGAACACUCGGGCUCUCUUCGCCUCAUCACUAUUAAACCCAUGACGGCCCAGCCCACGUAUUCCUACGCCUCUCCCUCAUCACGCAGUCAGGAUUCUGUUGUUGUCAAUGGGGAGGCAAACCACAGUGGUCUGAAGCAGAAGUCGGACAUCGAACACUACAGGAACAAACUGCGGCAGAAGGCCAGGAGGAAGGGCUAUGGAGAGUUUUCUCUUUCUGAGAGCCUCAACCACGGUUACAGUCACCGGGAGAGCAGACACAAUCGACAUGACAGCGGAGUCAAAGAGCUGAAGUCGAUGACCGCUGAGGAGAAGAGGGCGUCCUUUGCAGGAUGUCACAAGAGGUACUCCCACCCUCGAGAACCCACCUACUGGAGCCGACAGUCCCUGAGCAGCCCGAGUCCGGUGGAAACAGAGAUGGAUCUGCUGGUGCUGCGUGAGAGAUCCCGGAGGGGCAUCAGAAACAACGGCUACGAUGGCGAACCCGAACCAUUUGAGGAGACCAAUGUGGACCGGCUGAUGAGCUCUCUGGGUUACGGAGGUGGAUCCACCGGAACCGGGAACAGCAGCAUCGGGGUGAAAGCUCACCGCGGCUCAGACUCCUCCACACUCAGCUCGCAGCCAUCCAUUAACGAGGUCCGCUCACAGAUGCACAUGUUGCUAGGCAACGCCUUCAGCCUGGCGCCUCCGGACCACGACCCCCCCUCGCCUCCAACGAAUCACCGGCAUCAUCUCCACCACGCCCACAGCGCCUACAACCCGUCUCACAGCAGCCAUUACAGCGACGGAGUGACGAGCGCCCCGGGCACCAUGAACCACCCCUGUGGAGGCCGGCAGAGGAGCUUAGGCUUUGAGGACAUGCACCAGUGUAGCCUGCCUAAACCGGGUUUCCGGUUCACCCAGCUUCCUGAUAUGGGCAUCGGUCCCCCCCCACCACUAAUCCCGUCCAGGCCCGGACCGCCACCUGGGACAACAUUGCAGUGCUCCACUCCUGACCUGAAGCCUCGUGUUUCUGAGGCCUCAGACCUGCAGGCCCAGCAGCACAACGGCGCCCCCUACCUGCCGCUCUCCCGGACGCCGUUUCCUGCCGUCACUGUCGACCAGUCUGUGAGCACCUACUCAGGAAACCCGAUAACAGCCGUCUACGCGAUAUCAGCCAAUCGUCCGGGAUACUCAGACUACUUCGUCAUGUCUCCACCCUCGUCCUACCGGAGCCCCUCCUGGAUGUCCUACCCUCCUGAGCCGGAGGACCUGCCGCGCCAGUGGAACGACGCACCUAGCUCACGUCACCUGGAGACCAUCUGCUGAAGUCACAGCCUGCCGCACCAAACACUCUGUAGCUUGGUCUGUCUGGUGCUCUUCCCUGCUGCCUCCAUCUUCUUCACCACAUCGACGCAGAUCCUCACAUCUCACCUUCCGCACCUCCUGUGCUCUGCUCCCUGACCCGUCAGAACUCCCGAAACCAUGAGACGCUCAGCCAUAGUUCUCGGUGUAAAGACCGCCACUGUACAGCCAGAGGCCCCUCACACAGCUGGACUGAGCCGCUCCUCCCUGCAGCCCGGACGGACAGGGUGAGUACAGCAGACUGCUCCAACGACAGAGAACUGCCGCCCAGCACACCACCACACAGUUAUGAGCACAGCGGUGCCCCAGCCAUGGCCAGCUAUCUGCCCCUUCUUUGGACUGGACCGGACCAUCCUGGACUUCCUCUGGUCCACCAGGAAGCCAGGAAAGCUGAACUGACUUCAAACUGUGCUUUUGUUUUAGUUUUUUGAUGAAUCCAGAUUCCUAUAUAAACCUUCUGCAGCUGGUAAAUGUGUGUAUUUUAAACUUAAUUACGGAACAAAAAGAAGAAAAAAAAUCGUCUUGAGCUGUCUUUGUUUUAGUUUUUGAAUAUUUAUGUGCUUCUGUUUUUUGGGUUAUUUUUAUUUCUGUGCAUUAUCAAUGGUUUACUGUAAAAAAGUGAGUGUUUUCAUUUUCACUCACAUCGAUUCAAGGCAAAAAAAAAUCUCUGAAGAGGAAAAAGUUGGUGGUCUAGUUGUUUAUGUGGUUCUGAUGGCAUUUUAACUCUUUGAAAAAGAACUUUUUUCUUAAUCAGAUCUGUAACUAAGCUGAGAAUUGGUCUCAUUCCUUGCUUGAUCAUCAGUUGAACUGAAAGUGAGCGAUCCGGAGGUCAGUAUUCCCAGAAAAGCUCUUGUUUUUUUACUUUUUUUGUUCAUUUUUUAGUCUUCACGAGGGACUCGCCAGGCUCAGGUGAGCCAAAAAACUCCAUGUAUCAUUGUACAUAGCAGAUGAUUUAACGAAGAGAUUUAUGCAAGGAUGGUGGGACGGGGGGCUUGAUUCCGAAGUCUUUUCCCUUCUUGGUGUUGAUGAUGAAGAACGCGCUGACUGUUUCUCUCCUGAAGGAAGUUUUAGAAAACCUGCUGCAACAAAGAGAGUUGGUGGAAGCUCUGCAUUCACAGCAUCCUAAUAUUUCAUGGAUGCUGAUAGCCAUAAAAGGGAAAAUACUGAAUUUUUUUUUAAGUAGAGAGAGGUAUAACAUAUAUAUAUAUAUGCCCCAAUUUCUCGGUUGGAAAUUUGGAAUUCUGUGAGCAAACUGUGUGACGAGAUUUAAUGCAGGAGAUAAUAGCCAUAUAUGUUAACGGCAAUGGGAAAUUACAGUAUUGUCAAAUGAAAUGGCACCAAAUGAGAGUUUAUAUCAAAUCCUGAGUAGAUUUAGUGUAAAUAAACAUACAGAAAUGUGAGAAAAACUUUAAUAAAGAGCAUAAACUCAAAAGAACUGCUCUGUGAACAGAAAAGUUUUAAAGAGAGCUCUUGCUUCCUGAAAUAUUGUGAAAAGACCCUAAAUAAUCCAAAUCAGUCUUCAAAAAUAAGAGUGAAUAAAGAGAGAAGUGUAGGAUUCUUAAAUAUGCUUUGAAUUCACUGGUGCAAAAGAAGUCUGACAUUCUAUUGUAGCUUUUUUUAAAACUCUUUUUUAAUCAUAAUUGCUGUGAAAGUGACACAUUACGAGGAUAAUGUCAUUUAAAAACCACUUUGAUGUCACUUUUGGUUUAAUUGGGAUCAAAAGCAGCUCUCAAGUUGAUAUUUUCAGGCUGUGUUUAAUUAUUGACCUCUGUAAUUUCAAAAUAACGGCUCCUUAAGCGAGGAUUGGAGUGAAGAUUUGACGCUCUCGUUGGAGAGUGUUUGUGCAGAAAGACGUGAGGCUGUGUUCUUUCAGUUUCCGAGCGUGGACGGAUGGAAAGAAUCAAAGGGGACACUGCUUUAUUUUGCGCGCUCACACAAUGCUGUUGGUGUUUUUGUCAUUGAUGUCAUUGCAGACGAUCCACAUCGGCGUCUUCUUAAAAUGUUUGAAAAGAAAAUAUGAUUUUUAUUUUUUUUAUUUUUUAUUUUUUUUUGUCUUUUAUGGACAAAAAUGUAUGAAAAUCUGAUGAUCGAAGUUGACAUUUAAUGCUUUACUCCAAGGGAGGGGAAGGGGGGGUCUUUCAGCCAUUAGAGUCACAACAGGACACUGUGACACUGCGGCUGCAGUGAUGAUGUCACACAAUCGCCGCCCGGGCGUGGAGGAGGUCACGGUGGCGCCGGUGAACGCUAAUGGAUGUAGUUAUGCAGAAAACUUUUUGGUGAAUUUGAACAAUAAAUACAAGUUUCAUUCUCA